UACACAUGCUGAUUUUUAAACAGAAUUUUAUUUUAUUCAAAGAUCUUAUAUUGGCCUUAAACAUGAUUGCCGAUGAUUGGUUAAAAAUUAAAACCGACAAAGAGCUACAUAUUAUGAUAAAACAUGCGCAGAAUGCACGUGCCAUUAUUAUAUUCGGAUAUGUCCUUAUGAUUUUAGCAGUCAGUUUACUUGUAUUUUUACCUUGCUUUGGAACAUCAUUAAGAUACAUGACAAAUAUUACUGAUCCAAUUAAAAUUUUGCCUUUGCAAACCUAUUAUUUCUAUGAUAAAAAUCAGAGUCCGUAUUACGAGCUUACAUUCGCUGCGCAAGUCGUUCUGCUCAUUAUGGCUUCUAUAUCUUAUACUGGCAUAGAUAAUUUACUCGGAUUACUGGUAUUUCAUUUAUGUGGUCAAAUGGAAAAUCUUAAAGAACAAUUGAUUAAUAUAAAACGAUUUGAAACCUUCAACAACGGUUUGGCUUUCAUUGUCAAGGAUCAUAUACGACUAAUUAAGUAUUUUAAAAUCGUCGAAAAUACAUUCACUCUAUUAUUACUCGGUCUGUUACUUUAUUUUGGUAUUCUAUUUUGUUUAUAUGGAUUUUUAACUAUCGCAAUACUUACAGAAGGAAGAGAAAUGUCAAUAAUGCGUUUAAUAUAUUUAAUAUCAGCAGCGUUAAACGUUUGCGGCCACAUGUGUCUCUAUUGUAUAGUAGGUGAAAUUCUAGUAACACAAUGUGAAGGAAUAUAUCGUGCAGUAUAUGAUUACGAAUGGUAUACGUUAGAACCGGAAGAAGCGAGAACUUUAAUCAUAAUAAUGAUUCGUGCCAAUAAACCUCUAUAUAUUACAGCAGGAAAAAUGUUCCCUAUGACACUAUCUAUGUUUUGCAAUUGGACGAACGGUCCCGAUGGUGGUGGUGGUGGUGGUGGUGGUGGUAGUAGUGGUGGAUCGUAA